AUGACGCCCCAGGAGCGGCACCAGGUGCUGGAGCUGUCGCUGGCGCAGCAGAGCGCGACGUUCGAGGCGCUGUACGCGCGGCACGUGCGCGCCGCGCAGCUGCGUGCCUUCAUGGCCUCACUGCCGCCCUCGGUGCAGGCCCGCAUCGCCGAGCUGCCGCGCGCCGCGCAGGCAGGGGCGGUGGUGCGCCUGCUGCAGCAGCAGCAGGCCUCGCAGCGCGCGCAGCAGAAGGCCGAGCAUGAUACGGGCGCGGGCAUGUACAUGGGCUGA